AUGAGCACCCGCGCCGUGCCUCGGGACCUGCAGCUGCCACCCAGCCAGAGGACACAGUCCGCCUUCCGAGAGCAAAGAAAAGAAAAACUUAAGGAACAUCUCUUAAGGAGAAAAACCCUUUUUGCAUCCAAACAAGAAAAUCAGAUAUUGUCCAGUCAAGGCCAGAGGAUAACAUCUAAGAACCUGGUCCAACGAGAAGCAAAAGGUUUGAAACUUAAAGCAGAAAUGGAUAAUAAAGAAAAUAUUGGUAGACCUACGGGGAACAAAAAUAAUGUAUCAGUGGGAAAAAAUUGUAUCCCUUUAAAGCCUUCAAAGGGAUUAAUCAGUCCAUCUAGAGCAGUUGAUGCACAGAAUCUGGAGGAUAAUAAUCAAACUUUGCCUUUGCCACUUAAAGAUGACACCCAAGGUAACCAUAUGACAUUAAGCCAAGCAUUUCACCUUAAAAAUCACAGUAAAAAGAAACAGACAAUUCUAGAAAAACCAAAGCAAGAGGCUAGUAUUCCCAAGAAACCUGUCCUUGGAUCUUAUCGAGGCCAGAUUGUCCAGUCUAAGAUUGAUUCGUUUAGAAAACCUCUUCAAGUAAAAGAUGUGAGUUCUGGAACAGCCACGAAGCUUAGCACUGCUGCCUCUAAGGUUCCGACCACUGCCACAGAACCUCGGCCAGUCGGGACUGACUCUGUCGCAGUGAAGAAUGGCAGCACCUCACACGUGAGGACCGCCACGAAGUCUGUGAACGCUGCAGCUCAGCCCAGACCACUUGUGCGACCUCCUAUUAGAAGUCACCAGGAGAAUCAGGACCCCAGAAAACAAGGCGUCGGCAGAAUCUCUUCCAGUGUCGCGGUUCAGAGAGGGCCUCGCGAAAAAGCCUUGCAGUUAAAUGCAGUGGUCUCUGGUGUAAAAGCCAGUGAUCCGCAUAUAAAACAGAGCAGAGCACCAUCUAAAAGUACCCUGUCUGCAACCGUAGCCAAGCCGGCUUCAUCCUUUAAUAGCAAACUGAUGGAAAAAUCUAAACCCACUGACCAGCGCAGACACACUAUAGCAAAAGCAACUCUCGAUGGCAGAUUGACUUUGCCCAAAGAAACUGCAGAAGAGAGAAAAGCUCGUCUGAAUGAAUGGAGAACUGGCAAGGGCAGAGUGCUGAAAAGGCCCCCUCACUCCGUGAAUAAUCAGCCCGAGCAGACUGGACAAAACGAGAAUCCAGUCGCGUCCUUUUGGACCACCAUGGCAGAAGAAGAUGAGCAAAGAUUAUUUACUGAAAAAGUAAACAGGACAUUAUCUGAAUGUCUGAACCUAAUUGAAGAGGGAUGCCCAAGAGAAGAAGUAUUGACCACUCUGAAUGAUCUGAUUAAAAAUAUUCCAGAGGCAAAAAAACUUGUUAGAUAUUGGAUCUGCCUUGCACGUCUUGAACCAGUCACAAGCCCUAUUGAAAAUGUCAUCACAAUUUAUGAGCAGGCUAUUCUAGCAGGAGCUCAGCCUAUUGAAGAGAUGCGACAGUUAAUUGUAGGUAUUCUCACAGCCAAGAGUGAAGAAAAGGUCAAAUUGGGUGAGUUCAUUUUUUUUGCUUUUGCCACUAAGGAGGAAAUCCAAGAGGUCAGCGUGGAAGAUACUAGCGUUGAAGAUCCAGAUUCAGAAAAACCGGAAAUGGAAAAUAAGCAUCACGGAGACGUGGUUUUUCAAGACUGCAAAAAAUCGCAAGAUGUGAAAACAAAAGAACCAGACAGUGAUAAAAAGACCCCGAAUACAGAAACUAGGGCAAGUUGCUUAAUCAAAUAUAAUGUGUCUACGACGCCUUACUUGCAGAGCGUGAAAAAGAUACAGCUUGAUGAAACAAAUUCUCCAUAUAAAGAGCUGAAGUUCCUAACACCGGUCCGACGUUCUCGACGCAUUCAAGAGAAGACGGCUCAGUUGCCAGAUAUGUUAAAAGACCAUUAUCCUUGUGUGUCUUCACUGGAGCAGUUGAGAGAGCUGGGCAAAGAAACAGACGCGUUCGUGUGCCGUCCCAAUGCAGCUCUGUGUGGGAUGUUUUUGGAGCCAGUAACAGAGAAGUAAAGGGACGAGCUGGAGGGGGCUUCAUUCUCGCUGGCUCCUGUGUUUGUGGUCAGGAGGUAGCCAGCUGUGUUGAUGGCGGUCAGCCCAUGCAUUAAUAUCCACAGUUAAUGUGAUGUCGCUGAUGUUGCUCCUCUGUGUCAGAAAGCUAAUCCAACCUGGUUUUUCCCCCUGAGAUCAGUAGUGUGCCCCUAUAAACAUGUUUCACCCUAGUGUUUGCUUGUUCACUUUACUUUGAAUAAUCCUAAAUUACAGGAAAAGGCUAAUUUGUUAUCAUAAUGGAUUAUCAGAAAUGAGGUGCUUUAGAUAAAACAUUUUUGCAUGG